AUGCACAUUGAGGGUGGUCCUGCCUUGGGGAGUUCGAAAGUUAAUAUUUUUAUUUUUCUUUCUUUAUUUUUUUCUUUCUUUAUUUCUUUCUUUGUUUCUUUUUUUCUUUCUUUCUUUCUUUCUUUCUUUCUUUCUUUCUUUCUUUCUUUCUUUCUUUCUUUCUUUCUUUUUACUUUCUUUCUUUCACCACCGGUCAAUAUUUUUAAGCUUGAAAAAUCAAACGAAAAUGUUUCAUUCAUUCAUUCAUUCUUUCUUUCUUUCUUUCUUUCUUUCUUUCUUUCUUUCUUUCUUUCUUUAUUUAUUUAUUUAUUUAUUUAUUUAUGCAUUUAUUUAUCUAUCUAUCUAUCUAUCUAUCUAUCUAUCUAUCUAUCUAUCUAUCUAUUUAUUUAUUUAUUUAUUUAUUCAUUUACUUAUUACCCAUCCCUCUUUCUUUUUUCUUUCUUUCUUCUGUCUAUCUAUCUCACUUUCUUUCUGUCUUUAUUUAUUUACUCAUUUCUCAUUCUUACUUUCUUUCUUUCUUCCUUCCUUUAG